AUGAGGAUCCUCUUCCUUCUAUUAAUCAUUUUUCUUCUACUGUACCAAGAUUCUUCAGUGAGAAGCUUCUUUGACGGGGACAAGAUAUGUGGUUAUGGAACUGCUCGCUGCCGGAAGAAAUGUAAGAAAGAAGAACACAGAAUUGGAAGAUGUCCCAACACAUAUUCCUGCUGUUUGAAAACAUGGAAUGUCCACGUACUGAACCCUUUUGUCAAAUCCCAAUGUCACAGGGCUCUUGGUUCCUAG